AAAAACAAAAUUAAAUGAUGUGAAAAAAAUUAAAAGAAAAUUAAACAAAUAAUUCAUAAAAUUGUUUGAAAUGUUUGGCAAGAUUGAUGAUGAUAUUAGUAAUAAAAAGCAUGAUUGGAAAUAGCAGUAGCAGCGGCGCCGGAGAACGCGGAAUGGACAGCCUCAACCUAUCCAUGUAACUAAACUAAAUACAAGGAAGAGAUACACACCUGUGCGGUUUUUUUUCGACAGUGUGUUGAUCAUCAUCAUCAUCUCGGGAACAAUCCUCCGCGCGCUACCGCGAAAGUGCCACUAUGUUACGUUCCAAUCGUCUCAAACACGCGUCGUGUUCUUUUUCAUUUCUAAUUUUUCCUUAUUCUGUAACUUUUUAUAUUUUUAAGUUAAUAAUUUAAUUUUAAUUCAUUCAUCUUUGAUUUUAAGACGGGAAUCCAUGCUAUCUUGCAACGCUUUAUAAAUGAUAAUUGUUCGAUAGUAGCCUAAUAUCAAACCAAUAUUAAAUUAAAUCCAUAAUCAGUCUAAAGAAUUUCACCUAAAUUCAAUAAAAUUGAGAAAGUGGGAGGAAAAAAUUUAGAAAAAAUUAUUUUACAACAGAAAAAUGCCUAGAAAAAGUGAUAUUGAAGUUUGAGUGGAAUUUUGAGUGAAAUAAUUUAUUGUUAUAAAUAAUAACAAAACGCGUAAAAAUUUCAAUGAAUUUUAAGAGCAAGUGAUUAGUGAAGUGAUGAAUGUAACAAAACGUUUCGAGGCAGGAGUUUAUGGCGAAUUCAGGAAUUUGACAAAUGUGAAAUUAAUAAAAUGUGCAACAAUUAGAUAUAUGAAAAUAGUAAUAUUCGAAAAUAAGAAUAUUUGAAAAUAAUAUAUAAGAAAAGGUUAAAAGUGCAGAACACUAUUACAUGCAACAAACUGCGAGCACUCGCGAGCAUGAAAAAUCAUCCCUUCGGAAAAAGAACCAAUGUCAAAUCCUCUCAUAAAUGUCAAGUUUACAAUGGAACCUACCGUGCCCAAGAAGCAUCAUCAUCUUCACUGAUUGAUUGAGAAGAUCACCUAAAACUUUUCUUGUUUCUUUGUUUUGAUUCCAUGCUUUUUCGUACUAAAAAUAUUGAAUAAAUUCCAAAAUAAAUGCUUAAAAAAUCGAAAAUAAAUAAAAUUGAAUUGAUCACGAGCGCAUAAAUUAUUUGUAAUGGGCGAUCACAGAAAACUUAAAACGUAUAAGAAAAAGCCCAAGGAACUUAAAAGAUCGCGACCCAUUGGAGCUGAGCAUAUCCUUCAACUUAGUGGCGAGGGUGGCAAUGUUGGAGAUCUCGCCCAUCAAACACCGGAACAGCACCAAGGUCAGGUAGCAACCAGUAGCCGACUUCAACCAACAGUAUUUGCAGGAUUAGCGGAAUCGAAUGUCGACGGUGGGGCAGAUAGCGGGCACGCUAGUACCAUGGGUCGUAAAGUACACCGUGGUGACAAGGAUACAACGGGGAAGAAAAGUGGCCCAACAAAAGAGCGUUGGCUUUUGACACGCAAAACAUGGAAAUAUAUGCAACAGGCAGGUCGUCGUUUGAUUCCAGAUGGUGCACAAAAUCGGGCCGAGGAUGUGCCAAAACUUGAAGAAUUUUUUCAACAAGUUUGCCGGUCUGAACAGAAGUUUAUAAUAUGGAGCCGAAAAAGUUCAUAUCCGGGAGCGAUAGCAGCAUCGCGAAAACUUAAGCGACGAAUUCGACCAAGUGUGAGACAUCGAUCUAAAGCAAGUUCUGCCGAUGAAGCUGAAACCGAUGAGUACAAAGAGUAUGAUCGUCGAGCUGCUAUGGUUAUCCGACUCCUGCAUAGUUACCUCAACAUUUCGGAGCAAGAUAAACGACAGCCAGAACGCAGUUCAGAGUCACAAAUACCAACAACUGUACCAGGAGCAACAAGUGAACCAUCAACUAGUCGGUCAUCGUAUUCUUCUGUAUCCGUGACUACCUCGUCCUAUGGAUCACAACAACGGUCCCCGACUUCAUCGGACCAGCAAGGCGAAUCGGAUCUAUCGAAACGAACUGCUGAGCUUUUGGAAAGUCUUCGUUUGUAUAGCCAAGCCGCACACCGACCGAUCAUUCCACCCGAACAUAUAACUACGGAUCUUCUGCACAAUAAAACGUUACUGAAGAAAAUCUACAAUGAUCUCAAGAGGCAGCAGCUAUCUUUAGUAUUAAAUAGACACACUGCAGCAUCAACCAAUAAUCUGUCGCAUGCCAGCUCUCUGACGAGCCUCUUCAGUUUUCGGCGGGAUCAGCCCAAAACAUCACCCACCAGUAGUCUCAACGUAAAACUAAGAAGCACUGGAGGAGCUACAAACCUAUCUGGCCCCGAUGGAAACAAGGACACCUUCACAGGUGAUAAAGGCUUCCAAUUACCAAAAGAAAAGUACAUACGCCCCACAAACCAAUUGGUCCCUUUCAUAUCGGUCGUGAAACCAGCGAAAACCUUCACGACUCAGGGAAUGCAGACUGACUUCCUGCAACUGCAUGAAAUCAAUAACUUGCGAAAGGACUAUGAAACAAGAAAAAAGGAAUUGGAACUGCUAAACCAAGCACCUGAGGAAGAGGCCGAUUUUACAUCAAGGUCGCAUUCACGCCGAAAGAGUAGCGUCGAUAAUGAGGAUGUCUCCCAAUCGGUUAGUGAUACCAUCAAGCGAUACUUGCGAAUGGCUCGAAAAAAGAGCGUCAACGAUGAUGCCGCAAAUCGAUUCAAACGUGUCAACUAUGAUCGCAACCUCAGAAAUAUCCGAGCGAAAGGAGAAAUCAAUCCACCUGGGAUGGAUGAAGGAAAUUCAAAGGCAACCCAGACACUCGAUGCAUGGCCAUUGUUGCAUUACAAUAACAUUCGAGGGAUCGAUUGUGACAUUCUCUUGGAGGAAGCACACUCAGAUUGGAACAAUGCCCUCCAGCAAAGAAAGCAACAGCACGAGGAGUAUCUUCAGCAACAGCAAAAAGAUGCGUCAAAAGGGAAUCUAUCUGGAACUGGAUCAGUACCCCCACCACCUGGCCAGCAAGGCACAAUGGGAGCUCCCGGAGGCCUACCCGCGGCAGGAGCCGGUGCAGGAGGACUAUUUCAUUCGGGUACACAGUUUUUCUCAAAUUUGUGGCAUGGAUACCAUCAUAGUGCGCAUGAUAACUCUAAUACUCGUAAUUCUACUACUACUUCUACUACUCUCAAUGUAACUAGUUCUUGUAAUACUUCUACUACUACUAGCAAUACUACUACCAAUAGUCUAUAUAACAAUGCUACUGCAAAUAAUACAUCAACUGUGUUGUUUAAUCAACAUCAUGAUCAAACUGCAGCUCAACAACAACCCCAAUCAUCCCAAUCAACGCAACAGCAAAAAUAUAGUCCUUCGCAAUAUCAACAACAAGAACACCUUUCUGCAUCGGCCAAUAGUAGUGGUGGUAGUCAAGGAUUAACGAGUGCAAUGCAAAAAUCAAAAUCAUCAUCGAACGUCGGACAAUUUGUAUCCAAAAAGAUAUGGAAGUCCCGAUCGAAAAGUCAAAGUCGUAUACCAGCUACAAAUAAGCCUCAAUGGGCACCGCAGGGCAAUUGUAUAUGGAUGUCACCAAGUGGAAAACGUGUCGUACUAUCUGAUGGUCGUUUACGUGAUUUAUCAGAAAUAGAACGAAAAAUUUUACAUCGUGUAGCCAUUGAAAAGAUUAAUCAACUUAAUAUUGGAGUAAACGUUACAGUACCUGGAGAUAUCUCAAGUUCCACAUCGUCUAAAUCACAGAAACGCCGACCAUUAUUAAUUAAACGAAAAGCAUUAACAACUAGCAUUUUUGAUACCGGAAAAAAAGACGAAAAUAAAGUUAAUGGUGGCGGCCUGGUUUUUGGCGUAAGCAUAGAAAAAUGCGUUGACAAUGAUCGUUUGCACAAAAACGGUGGUGUUAGUGGUGGAGGCGGAGGUGGAUCAGAUCGUGGAUCACGGAAUUCUAUAAUAUCACUCUUGGGAGGCGGCAGUCACAACAAAGUAGGAUCAUGUGAAAGUUUACCUUCACGUUCUACCAACAUCCUGGGGCAAUAUGAUGAUAGUGGCGGAGGUGGUGGGACUGGGGGUGGUGGCUGUCGUAAUAGUUUUAUAAAUACUGCAACAAUGAAAAUGUCUCGAAGUCAAACGGACGUGAGACGAGGUAGUCAGGACGAGGACGAUUUGUUGGGUCACGAUGCACCAAAUAUGGCUGGUACAGAACCUAAUUCCGGACAACAAGUACCUGCGUUAGUGUUGGAAUGUAUUAAACAUAUAGAAGAGCAUGGUCUCCAUACUGUAGGCAUAUUUCGUGUUAGUACGUCUAAGAAACGUGUUAGGCAGUUGAAAGAAGGGUUUGAUCGGGGCGAAAUAACAUCAAUCGACGCUGAUAUAUGCCCGCAUGAUGUCGCCACCAUUCUUAAGGAGUACCUCCGAGAUCUGCCGGAGCCAUUACUCUGUCGAAGCCUAUACAAAGCCUUCGUGAAAACCCAAAAAAUACGUAAUCGACGGUUACAACUGGAGGCCCUCUCGCACCUUAUUCAACUCCUUCCAGUAGCACAUCGUGAUACUCUCUACGUAUUACUGCGAUUUCUAGCGAAAAUUGUUAGGUCAUCAGAUGAUGUAACGUCAAAUGAUACAGUAAUCACGGGCAAUAAAAUGGAUAGUAACAAUUUGGCAACGGUUAUAGCCCCAAAUAUCCUAAGGUCUACAGAGCCUGGGCGCAGUAAUACCACGGAACAAGAAAUCGAUGAACAAAUUGAUGUGAUUAAUGUGAUAAGAACAAUGAUUGAUCAUUACGAAGAGCUAUUUCGUAUACCAGCCGAACUGAUGGAUGAGAUCUAUACAAAUAUGAUGGAUACAUAUCCGGAACAAUUAGACUACCUUUGUGAAAGGAGAGACAUUGCGGAGCGAUAUGAUGAUGAUAUGGACAGCGCCAGUUCCAGCACACCUUUGAGUUCACCGCCUCCUGUUCCAAUACUGAAACACACCUCAUUUCCUCAACAUUCUGUGGCGUUUGAAGAAAGUGGUCCAGGUGCUCCAAAUGAUAAAAAUAUAACAAACCGACCGAUAUAUUCACGAGACGAUUUCCUUCAUGAAAACACUAUUAAAGGCGGUGAUCCCAAUGGGAAUGCCGCAACACAAAGGCGGGAGCGAACAUCGAGAAUGAAAUAUAUCGAAAGCGAGCACGAACUCACUCGACGACGGCGACGUGAACGAAAUCUUAGUGAAUCCGGAACGGGGGCAGGAACUCCUUCACCAACAAAAACAACAUUCAAUAGCAGUAGCACUAAUUGGAUACCAUUUAGCGUCGAGUCGCGAAACUCUACCGGUGACUCUGGAAUUCAACAAUAUCAGCAACAACAAACUGUUAAUCAAACCCAGCAGGGGCAGUUUCAACAGCAACAAUCAGCUCAAUCACGGAGAUUAUUCCCGCCAUAUGGUGAUCAGGAUGGUGCAGGGGUUGUGACAGCUAGCCUAAAAAUUCCUGUACAGAUGCAACAAUCGCAGCAGCAGCAGAACCCGAGGAAUCAAGCAAACAUGUGUGAUACAACUAAUAGUGGACAUAUAGAUCUAUCGGAUAUUCCGUAUAUUGAGGAUAAUGGCUGUGGACAGGAUAUUUUAACAGGAUCGUUACAUUUCGGGCGAGGUUCAGGCGCGGUGACCACUGGUACAACAACCUAUCAAAUUCCCAUCACUAUCGAAGGACGCACAACCUCCUCGUCAUCUACGAUGUCUGACCAGUCGCGAUCGUCAACGAUGCACCAAUAUAACACAGAUGAAACAUCAUCAGCGGCGAGCAGUAGACGAUCUUCAGAUAAUACCAGCAUCAUUUUACAGAAAUACCCUUCAGCCCUGGCAUCCCAACAGCAAGGUACACAACCGAAACGUCCUGAUAGCUUAAAACGGUCAUCAGGACGAAAGCAAUCCAACAACAUCCCAACGAGUGGUAGUGGGACAACUGGCGAAAAUAGUCCUAGUGGUGUACCAGUCCUAUCACCAACAACCCUUAUCGGACAGUUUGGUAGCCUCCAGGCAGCCCACCAUCACCAUCCCAACGCUGAACCUAAACUAACUCCAAGCAUUUCAAGUAUUGGUGGGGCCGUGUUACGCUCAAAAACUGCUGAUUUUGAAAGAAUCCUGAAGCAAAAUAAAAAGUCUAAAAGUGGUGAUACUACCUCAACAGCGGUAGAGGAAUUCAUAACGGGUUCUACCUCAGUGUCUAGUAGUUCUGCGGGCACAAUAGCUACUUCAACAGGUAGUGGAACUGCUGAAGAUUCAUCAAGACCUGAAAAAACCGCACGAAGUCGACAACAACAGACUGUCAGUCCUGCCGGGCCAAUUUACAAGCGCCAGGAACUAAUAUCAAGUGCACAAAGGACUUCGAAAUAGCAUUAAAUCGUGGAAUACGGGGGAGUGUUAUAAGCAAUAGUGCUGAAACUCUACCGGAAAUUUCGUUAUUUAUGUUGAUUAGUAUUUUUUUUUUUAAUUCAGAAUAUUAAUGUAUAAAAUCAAUUUAAAAGGAUCACCUGGAAAUAUACGCCACGUGCUCUUACUCAUUCUACUCGUCAAGGUGAAUUAUUAAAAAAAAAAACUUAUUAUUUGAUAUUUUGAUUAGAAAGUUAACUUUUAAUAUAAAUUAAUGAUAAUAAAUUGAAAUCAAGUGUUCUAGUCGAAAGAAAAAAACACGGCAAUACCAAGUUGGUUGUUUACAAUUUAUAAUUUUGAUAUUUAAUAAUAAAAUAAUAUUAUAAAAGUAAGAAAGAGAGAAAGGUGGAUAAAAUGUGAAUAUAUACCAAAGAAAACCACAUUAAUUUUCAUUCAUUACAAGAAAAUAAUUAAGAAAAUUAAACUAUAUAUGUUUCUCCCCCUUGAGAAAUUAGAAUGAUUCAUAUUAUAUUGUUUUUAUUUCCAUUGUUUUUAAUAUUAUAUUGAACUUGUUUUAGUUUGAACCACGCCAUCUUUAUUGUUAAUUUAUCUUUGUUCAUUUUAUAUUUUUUAUUCGUUGAACGUCACAUGGAAAAUUGUGAAAUUAAGAUACAUGUUCAGACUGUUACGAUGCCGUUGUUUUAUUUUCUACUAUUAUUGAAAAUCAUUAAACCUAAAAAAAAAAAAAACAAACCAAAAAAAAUAAGUAAAACGUACACCAUUUUGUUACACCAUUUUUGUUAUUAGAACAUUUUUAUUGUAGUUAUCGCAAUGUUAUAAUUUAUUUGCUGGAAAAAGUUUUUUGUCUACCGUAUUUGUAUUCAUGGAAAUAUAAUUGUUCGAAUUUGCUACCUAAAAUUGAUGCAUUUCAUGCACACCUCACAUGCAGACACACAAAUCUUGAUAAAUCAAAGAACGUGUAAAAUCAGUGGCACAAAAUGUGAAAAUACACAAACAUAUAUACAUAAUAA